GGUUUAAAUUCCAUGAUGUCAUUUGUGUGGUGGUUUUGCAAUGCAGAUGUGGUCAUCGGAGGUGUGUUUACACAUCACAGACAUCCUGAAGUUACACUGAUGUUAAUCAGGCAUUUAGCCAAUGAGAAAAAGAAGGACAUAAUUCAGUUUUAAAGCUAUAUGAAAUGGUACUUUAGCAGUGAUAUUCUUUUUAUGUGCAGAAAGGGCACAUACAAGUUGUUAUUUUUAAUUUGGUAAUUUAAAGAGUGUUUAUGCACUUUAAAAAAAUGCAACUGAAAAGAAAACUAUAACAAGCUGCUUUUGUGUGAUUACAAAACUCAUGAUCAGUCAGGUGCUUCUUGUGUGGUGAUGUGUGUGUGUGGGUGGAGGGUGUUGUAGGGACAUUUAUGUCCAGGUAGUUGCGUGGGCUGGUCACCACUUUGGACUUUGUGAGUGUGUUGUGUUGAAGGAGGGAUGACCUGCUGAACAAUGGGCAGCAACAUCAGGAGGAGUGCGAUGCGCGCAGAAACCCUGCUCCAAAAGGGCAAAGGCCAGCAGUGACAGGUCCAGAUGUGCGCGUAGACCCAAAUCGCGAAACCACACGAUAAGUUCUUGUUGAGUAGGAUUUGUUUUAUUUUGAAAAUGCGACGCACAUACCUGCUAAAGAAACAGCGACAGCCCAGAACAGCCCCGGGCGCUACAAUGCUAAUGUUGUCGGGGGCUUUGACUUCUCCCAGCCAUUGCACAGAAGCUGCUCCGUGUGACAGCCACGGCGCCUCUCUUCCCUCGGUGAUCGCUACCCCGCUUUUCACGCCUCUCCAGAUUUGGCAGGUGCGUUUGAAAAAGCCGACCACGUCCUAUCUCUUAACCUCAACGUCUGCGCUGUAAUGGACGAAACGGACAUCAUGGAUUUAACGCACCAGAAAUCGAGAAAGCGACCGCGUCCAAUCAGUUCCGUGGAUGAGUCCGUGCACGCUUCCCUCAAACGGCUUCCAAUCCGAGCGGUGGAGUGCAGGGAGCCCUCUCUGAUGUACAGAGGAGAGCCGAUCCACGGAGCAUCUCUCAAACAAAAUGACCACUCGGUGAAUUCCUCUCCAAACACAGUGAUGCCGGCGCAGGAUAGUCGCUCCAGCAUGUCCAGGCCCAUGAUCACACGGUCACCGGUGUCUCCCUUGAGCAACCAGGGCAUCCCAGCACCUGCACAGCUCACCAAAUCCAAUGCCCCUGUGCACAUUGAUGUGGGCGGACACAUGUACACCAGCAGUCUGGCCACCUUGACCAAAUUCCCAGAAUCCCGAAUCGGUCGUCUCUUUGAUGGCACAGAGCCUAUAGUCCUGGACAGCCUGAAGCAGCACUACUUCAUUGACAGGGAUGGACACAUGUUCCGCUACAUCCUCAACUUCCUCAGGACGUCCAAGCUCCUCAUCCCAGAAGACUUCAAAGACUACAGUCUGUUGUAUGAGGAGGCCCGGUACUUCCAGCUGCAGCCCAUGCUUGCUGAGUUGGACAGCUGGCGCCAUGAUCAGGAUCUAAGCCGGGUGUCGCGCCCCUGCGAGUGUUUGGUGGUGCGCGUUGCACCUGACCUGGGAGAGAGGAUCACUCUCAGCGGAGACAAAGCCCUGAUUGAAGACGUCUUUCCGGAAAUCGGUGAUGUCAUGUGCAACUCUGUGAAUGCUGGCUGGAACCAUGACUCCACGCACGUCAUCCGAUUCCCACUUAAUGGAUACUGCCACCUCAACUCUGUUCAGGUUCUAGAGCGUCUCCAACAACGUGGUUUCGAGAUUGCCGGCUCCUGUGGAGGAGGCGUUGACUCAUCCCAAUUCAGCGAGUACGUCCUUAGGAGGGAACUAAGGAGGACGAGUCAGCGAGGCUCCAAUUCAAACAGGAUAAAGCAGGAGCAGCUGGACUAGAAACCUCCUGAGCAGCAGGAGGUGCUAGACUUUUCUGUGGCAGCCAAACGCUUGAAGCUGCAGGGAUCUGAGGACUCACUUUUUCUUCGUUUUCCUUGUUGAUGUUUUUGUUUUCUUAAACUUGAGAACCAUCUAAAAAUUUAAAUGAAAUGCAACAGGAGAUUUUUUGCCAUAAGAAGAGACAAGACAUUUGAUAAGUUUGAGAUGCAAGGACAUUUGUGAAUGUCUAGCCCCCCCCAUAAACCAAUUUAAAAGGAUUUACCUACGAUGGAUCCCAAAAAAAAGUUUGUUUUAAAACUUGGAGCCUACAUUAGGUUGAAUAUGAUUUCUAUUAUACCCAGAUAAAUUUAAAAAAGGCUUUUAUUUCUUAUGUAGUAUGUGACAUAACGUGUCACUAGUGACUUGGUUUUGAUGUCUCACUGGCAAAUUGGCUAAGUCUGUUUUUAUCCCUUGCUGUAAAAAGUUCACUAAUGUGUUACAGUACAGAAUGUCUCAGUUCUCAUAUACAGUUAGUUUCAACAAAGUAUAAUUUUUCACAAAUCACACGAUGUUGAAUAUUGUGAUACCAAUGAAGUGUUUUUUUUUUUUUUUACUUUAAUGGAAGUUAUUUUUGGGAAUAUGCCAUGACAUGAUAGUUGACAUUAGUGCCAUCAAAAUUAAACCUCAAAGACCAUUCUAUACGCAGAAAAUAAAAUAAUUUAGUAAACUAUAAUAUCGCAGCAUUUGCCUCAUUGGGGAGUAUGAAUACUAGUCCCCAUGUGCUACUUUGGGGAUCAUUUAAUUGGAGCAUAAUAUUCCUCUGAUUCAUGACCUGUAAAUUCUUCAUUGUAUACGUGUUUGUGUUUUUUACAUUUAAUCUUUUUAAAACAAAUGUGUUGACUCGACAAGACUGAACAGAUUAAAGCUUAUUGUACUACCCACUCCAAGAUCACUUUUACUCGUAGCACAUAUUGAUAUGAAGUUGGAUAUAAAGUAUUUCUAAGAUGACUGACCCACCUACGCUCCCUAGAUUUGAGUAAAGAGGAAUGUAGCACAAAAUGUGAAAUAAAUCUCAACUACAGUU